AUGGUGCAGUCCAACAAAAAGGCCGCUGCCGGCCGUGGCAAGAAGGCCGGCAAGGGCCAGGUCGACGAGAAGGGCGAGGACGUGCUGCAGGCAGUCAUCCUUGCAGACUCGUUCCAGGACCGGUUUAAGCCGCUGACCAUCGAUACGCCCAGAUGUCUUCUCCCGCUCGCCAACACGCCGCUGAUCGAAUACACGCUCGAGUAUCUGGCGAUGAACGGGGUGCAGGAGGUGUAUGUGUACGUGGGCGCACACGGCGACCAGGUGGAGGGCUAUCUGGCGGCAUCGCCGCGCUGGGCGGCCGGCAGCAAGAUUAACCCGUUCCAGUCGCUGGACACGAUCCGUGUGGCGCAAGCCACCUCGCUGGGCGACUUUCUGCGGGACCUGGACAAGCGCGGCAUCAUCGAGGGCGACUUUGUGCUGGUGCACGGCGACCUGGUGGCCAACGUGCCGCUGGACCCGAUCCUGGAGCGCCACCGGGCGCGGCGGCUGGCCAACCGCGAUGCCAUCAUGACCAUGGUGCUGCGGGAAGCCGAGGACGACCACCGGUCGCGAGCGCACGGCAUCGAGCCGCUGUUUGUGCUGGAGGCCGAGUCGGGCCGCUGUCUCGAGUACGACGAGAUGACGCCGCUGGACAGCCGGGCGGAUCGGCGGCUGAUGGUUGACCCGGCCUUUUUCGAGCGACCGGCCGACAUCGAGGUGCGUGCCGACCUGAUCGACACCGGAAUCGACAUCUGUACGCCCGACGUGCUGGCGCUCUGGACGGAGAGCUUUGACUGUGACCUGCCGCGCAAGAACUUUCUGCACAACGUGCUCAAGGACUGGGAGCUCAACGGCAAGCUGAUCUUUACCGACAUCGUGACCGACGGCUAUGCUGCCCGUGCCAGCAGCCUGCAGAUGUACGACGGCGUGUGCCGCGACGUUCUCGGCCGGUGGACGUACCCGCUGGUGCCCGAGACGAACCUGGUCAGCGGCCACUCAUACCGCAGCCUGCGGCGGUGUCUCGGGGGCAACGUGGCGGCCGAGCGCGGCGUGCAGAUCAGCCCGUCAGCCACGGUGGCGUCGGCCGUGCUGGGCCUGCACACGUCUGUGGGUACGGGCAGCGUCGUGAGCGGCAGCACGCUAGGCCGGCGCUGUCGUAUCGGGCGGAACGUGCAGAUCCACGACUGCUACCUGUGGGACGACGUGGUGGUGGGCGACAAUGUGGUGUUGACACGGUCUGUCCUGGCGUCGGGCGUUUCUGUCGGCCGUGGCUGCGUUCUGCCGGCGGGAUCGGUGCUGGGUUCAGGCGUCGUUGUGGCGGAUGGGUUCACAUCGGCCCGAAGCAGCGGCGACGUCAAGCUCUCGAUUGUCGGGCGGGACGGUCGUCGUGUGGCGGACGAUGCGGCCGUUGUCGGUGCUGGCGGCAAGGGAGCGGCAUUCCGGUACGAGAGCGAUGACUCGGACGACGACAGGGACAGCGAGGGUGAAGAAGACGACGACAGCAGCGACCCGUCGACGACGGCGGAGCAUCUGCAGCGGUCGCUGAUUUUCUCGACGGCCCACCUCAAUCUGUCGAUGUCGUCGAUCUCGAGCUUUGGCUCGGAUGAGGACGGCGAGCACGGGGUGUUUGGCGGCGACGACGGCGUGUCCGCCCACGGCCACAGCCACGGCGACGAGGGUGGUGAUGGCGAUGGUGAAGGGUAUCUGGGGGUGGACGGCAGCCGGAACGGGUCUCGCUCGCGGUUCUCGUCCUUUGCGUCGGCCGUGGCCGGCGGCAGUGGAGGUGGUCAUGGUGAAGGUGGUGGUGGCCGUGGUGAUGGCAGUGGUCGUGGAGAUGGCAAGACAGCAGGGGAAGGCGGCGGCAGCACGUUCCACGCAGACGCCGUGCACGGGCUGCUGGACGCGUUGCGGGACGAGUCGAGCAGCGACUUUGAGUCGGCGCGGCUGGAGUUUAUGAGUCUUCGUCUGGCGAUGGAUGCGUCGGACGGUGCGUUGCGGCGGGCGGUGGCGGCCGCAUUUGCGCGACGGACGGCCGAGCUGGCGAUGGGCGACGAUGCAGCUGCUCCCCCGAAGCUGGAUCCGGCCAAGGCGGCCGAGCGAGCUGUCAAGGGCCAGCGUGGUGCAGCGCGGUUUGUGCGGGAUGUCGGCAUCGGCGGCGGCUCGGCGGCCGAGCAGGUCGAGUUCGUGCUGGCGCUGCAGCGCACGCUCGUCGGGCUGCGGAUCCGGCUGGGCGAGGAGGUUGCCGCAGCCAGCGGCAGCCCUGCACCCGGCACGCUGCUGGCGGCCCUGCUGCAGCAGCUCUAUGGCAAUGACGUGCUCGAAGAAGAGGGCAUCCUGGCCUGCACCUGGCUGCGCUGGCCCUUGCGUGCGUUCGUGCUGCGCGUGUACGAGAACUCAAAGGGCGGCGUGCCACCAAAGUCAAAGACCAUCUCGACCGCGCCGCCUUCGUGGAUGUCCGACCGUGCCGUCCGGCCCUGCGACACGCGCACCCACGGCAGUGGAUGGAUCGUGCGCGUCAGAUUGACAGAUGCCCGACAGGUCGACGCCCCGUCGCCCACGGCCGUGAUGGCAAACUCGCCCGGCGCUUCGGCUACCCGCCGGAACGUUGUCGACGCCGAGCUGCCCCGCCGCGCCGUCCCGUCAAACGUGUACCACACGUCAAAUGGCGCCGUGCCCGAGAGCGUGUAG